AUGGAUGUGCGGUACGGCCAGGAACCCGACGCAGGUGCGGGACUGAAGAACGGAAUGAAGGAGAUGAAGGAGGGGAAGGAGGCACAGGGGAGCCUCUCCAAAACGCUGCUGAAGGAGUCACUGGAGCCCUUUGUUUCAUCUGGAUCUGUAGAAAACUGCGAGAAAACCCGGACGAGCUCUGGAGACCCGGACUACUGUCGUCGGAUACUGGUGCGAGAUGCCAAAGGCUCAAUCCGAGAGAUUAUCCUACCCAAGGGCCUGGAUCUGGACCGGCCGAAGCGGACCAGGACGUCAUUCACAGCGGAGCAGUUAUAUCGCCUGGAGAUGGAGUUCCAGCGCUGUCAAUAUGUCGUGGGCCGAGAGAGGACUGAACUCGCUCGCCAGCUCAACCUGUCUGAAACGCAGGUAAAGGUGUGGUUUCAAAACCGCCGGACCAAGCAGAAGAAGGACCAGGGGAAAGACUCUGAGCUUCGCUCUGUGGUGUCUGAGACUGCAGCCACUUGCAGUGUGCUGCGUCUGCUGGAGCAGGGUCGCUUGCUGACACCCCCAGGGCUGCCGGGCCUGAUGCCCCACUGCGGGAGCUCCUCGCUGGGCUCGGCUCUCCGUGGACCCCCGCUGAGCAUCACUGCUAACGGGGGAACCUCCAGCAGCAGCAGCAGCGUCAGUAGCGGGGGCGGAGCUGCCAGCUCAGGCGGUGCUGCGGGGAGCCCCCCGUUGCCGGCAGUGACCAGCUCGGGGACUGCAUCGGGGUUGCAGGGCUCGUCGCCGGCCCACGGGCUCUUCAGCUUUCCCAUGCCCUCGCUGCUGGGCUCCGUGGCCUCCCGUAUCUCCUCCGCCCCGCUGGGCAUGGCCGGCUCGCUUGCGGGAAACCUGCAGGAACUGUCUGCUCGCUACCUGAGCUCCUCCGCCUUCGAGCCUUACUCGCGGACCAAUGGCAAAGAGGCCGUGGACAAGAAAGUUCUGGAAUGAUUGUUUGGGAGGUGGCUAUUUUUAAAUAUCUUCUUCUUGUUUUGAAACUUUCAUUUUUG